CACAGUGAAGAGAUGGCUUUUGGGGCCCUUGGAGGUGUUAGGCCCCAGGGCAGCUUCCUCCUCUGGUAAUCCAGCCUCGACUAUAUUACAUUUGAGCAUGCUGUAGUUAUUAAUACCUGGGAGUGGCAGUUAAAUAUUGACGCCAGUAGGAGGCGACAGAGGUCAAUUAACAGUUUAUCUAUCUAUGGCCCAAUCCCAAUCUCCACCCUAAAGCCUAAACCCUGAACGCUCACAGACUUAGUUGACUUCACCUGGUAAAUGCUAAAUUGCAGAGGCAGCAAGGGCCCGAAAUGGUAUAAUGGGACAGCAUCGCACUUUGCAACAUGUCACAUUACUUUACCUUGACUAUGCCAAAACAGUUGUGGGUUUGGGACUUUUUUAUUUGGAGUGUUUUACUUUCUUCACAGCCCAGGUACUGGACGGACCGCCUUUCUGAUUUGAACAUGUUCCAGGCUCUUGCGGAGUAAAUGAUAAUUUGAAAAUUACCUGUGGACAAGAGGUAGUUUUCAAAUAAUUAAUUUACUCGUUUUUAUAAAAACAGCAUCAUACACUAACAUGUAGGCAGAACUUUUUUUUUCCUUGUAGUUACUCAUCCAUGUUUGGUUACCUUUUUUAACGCCGGCUUCCUCGUAUUUAACGUCAUAAAGCUAAGAACUGUGGGUUAUUACCUCAGGCAAAGUGUGCAGAGAUGCGGACUUACAGAAAGUGUGCAUAAAGUCUGCAAGAGAGCCCUCCUGCACUUGACAGUUUGACAGAGGGAGCUGUCCCCACGGACAGUCCAUGCGUGUGGAUAUCGGCUUCAGCUUAUGUAUCUAUCCAGCUAUGGUUUGUCUGUGUCACUACAUUGUUUUGUCUGCUUGUAAGAUAGCCGAUUUAAGUUCUUAAUAAAAACAAGGCCUAGGCUACUAGUAAAAUAAGAUUUGCUGUGAUACUCGUGUUUUUCCCUUGUACUCUUCUUGAAGGGCAGGCUUCGCCUCUUGUGGGCUUCACAUUCACGCGCGCGCAAAUCCGCAAAUGUAAAGAGAGAGAUGCAGGUGUGUAAACAACAGAGAGCUCGCGGUGUGUCUGUCUCUGGUGUUUGUUUCCUCUUGAUGAAGCAAGAGACCCCCGUCAUCGCCAUUCAUGCGCGCGCGUGUGUGUGUGUGUGUGAGAGAGAGAGAGUGGUGAGUGAGUGAGUGAGUGAGUGAGAGAAGAUUAUUGUCCUUUAAGCCGCGUGCGCCUCACCCGUCCUUAUGUCGCGCGCUCACCUGCACUGGGACUUUGUCAAACGCAGCUUUCAAACGGGGAUCUCGAGCCGUGCUCGUCGUGCUGAUUUAACGCCAGGUGAUAUGGAUUAACUGACUUCUCACUGUCUGAGGAAGGUGCGGUGUUUUUCGAAGUUGUUCCACAUCCAGGACGGUCGGGACGGCUCGCCCUGCGCUCAGGAGGGGAUUAGAGAGGAGAUACUCGCUGCUCGGAGAUGAAGACACGUCACGCUGGUCCUCUUCAGCAGUACGAUGGACAGAGAGAAAGCAGAGCGGGACUGUAACUGCCGCCUUCAUGGAGCCCUGAUACACAGGGCAGAGAGCAGGUAAAUGGAGGUGCAGGACAGGAGCCGCUCCCCUUCCCGUAGGACCAGCCGGGUGGAGCAGGUAGUGGGACGAUGGCUGAGACGAUCCCGAGACUUGGGCAGCAGGUCUCACUCUCUGAGCAGAGAUCGGGUUGCAGUGGAUGGGAAGACAGCAGAGUCCAGUGGCCCCGAUCAGAGGAAUUACCCCUUCCGCUUCAUUGUCCAGAUCCAACGGGACCCAAGCCUCAACUCUCAUGGCCUCACUCUGUCCUCCCAGACACCCAUCCUGGUGCAGGAGAUCACUCCAGGUGGUCCUGCAGAUGGUCGGCUCGUCCCUGGCGACCAGCUCGUGAAGAUCAAUAACAUCGCUGUCGAUGACCUGACCCCGGAGCAAGCUGCUGAAAUAAUCAGGGAGUGUCAAGAGUCGUUGACAAUGACUGUUCUCAGAACGAUGUUGGGCCCAAAGUCAUCAUUCAUCACACCAGAGAAGAGGGCCAAACUCAGGUCCAACCCAGUGAAAGUUCACUUUGCUGAGGAGGUGGAAGUCAAUGGACACUCUCAGGGCAACUCGUUGCUCUUCCUGCCUAACGUUCUGAAGGUGUAUCUGGAGAAUGGGCAAACCAAGGCCUUUAAAUUUGAACCCAGCACCACAGUCAAGGACAUUGUGAUGACACUGAAAGAAAAGCUUUCUCUGAGUCGAAUUGAACACUUCUCCCUGGUGCUGGAGCAGCAGCACAGUGUUACAAAACUACUGCUGCUACAUGAUGAGGAGAGAAUACAGCAGGUGGUUCAGAAGAAAGAGGCCCACGACUACAGAUGUCUGUUUCGUGUUUGUUUCAUGCCCAAAAACCUCAAGACGCUGCUGCAGGAGGAUUCCACUACCUUUGAGUACCUCUACCUGCAGGGGGUGAAUGAUGUGUUGCAGGAACGCUUUGCAAUAGAGAUGAGGUGUAACACGGCCUUGCGACUCGCUGCGCUGCAUAUUCAGGAGAGAUUGACGAGCUGUGGACAGUCACCAAAGACCAAUUUGAAGAUUAUCACGAAGACGUGGGGCAUAGAGAACUUUGUGUCAUCCACCUUGUUGAGGAACAUGCGAGAGAAAGAUCUGAGGAAGGCCAUCAGCUACCACAUGAAGAAGAGCCAGUCACAGCACGAUCCUAAGCAGAAGGGCUUGUCAGUUGAUCAGGCACGGAUAAACUACCUGGAGGAGCUAAGUGAUCUCAAGUCCUUUGGGGGGAAAUCCUUCAGUGCCACCAUGAUGCUCCAGGACAGGGAGUCGAUGGUGACCUUGUUGGUGGGGGCACGCUUUGGGAUAAGUCAGGUGGUCAACCACAAACUAAGCAUCUUGUCCACCCUCACAGAGUUCACCAGCAUCACACGCAUCGAGUUGCUGCCUGAAUCCGAUAAGGUCAGCCUGGUCAAAAUAUACCUGCAGGACAUCAAGCCCAUCACGUUGCUUUUGGAGUCGGUAGCAGCCAAAGAUAUGUCCUGCUUAAUAGCAGGGUACUGUCGAGUAUUUGUUGACCCAAACCUCAACAUAUUUCCUUGGAUAGAUGAGUCCAAGAAGCACAGAGUGUCUGCUGAGGAAGGUUAUGUAUCACGGUGUGGCAGCGACUCAGACACCUCCUCAGACUUGGACAUGGAACCGCUGGUCACCCACGUGUCUCAUGACGAGAAGCCCUGCCCACGUGUCAGAUCCUCAUCAGACCCAGACGGAAGAAAAAGAAAAGACAGAAACAGAAGGAGAAACAAAGAUGGCAAAGAAAAGGGAGCUAAACCUUGGGAUGAUAAAAAGCAAAAGGAAGGAAAGGAUGCUGAUACUGAAAAGGAAAAGUCUCUGCCAGAUGAGAAUAGACAGGGUAAGAAUGAAGACAGGGAGCACAAUGAGGAGACAGAGAGUGCGCAGGAUGGUCAGCAAAUACAGAUUGAGCUAACGGACAAUGAUCCGGGGAAGCAAGGGGAAAACGUGGGACAAGAAGGUAAAAUGGGAGGGGGAGUAGAGGUGCGAGCAGCAGAGGAGCAGCCAUCUGUAUCUGAAGCUACAGAUUCUUGUCAUUCUGACUCUCGUGUCCUCACCAGCCCCUCCAGCGACUCCCUUGAUGCUUUGGAGGAAGAUGACUUAAUUUCAUGUUCUUCCUCCAUCCACUCCAAUGCUCUUUCACAAACUCAUGCCCACAUCCACUCUCCGCUACAGCUGCAUCCCCACUCUGAUAGGCAUGUUCAGUCUCACUUUCUCUCCCCUCCACCUGCUCACUCCCAUCCUCUUAUCCACCUCACAGCUCAUGACAGAGGACGAGGGGUCUGCAGGAGGUCAGGUGACGGAGCCGAUCCCCAACUCCUCGCACCCGUGUCCCUCUCUCCGAGCCUCCACCACAUCCAAAAAUGUUCAGGUAACCCCUGCUCUGAUGACAGCUCCCUGUGUUUCGCUGAGCUCUCUCGCCUUGUGGACUUCCUGCCGAGCCCUCCGGAGGCCAGCGAAGAUGACGAAGAUGAAGAAGAGGAGUUGAGAAGGAGGAGGAGAAGGAGGAUGAUGUUGAAAGAAAUGGAUGAGUCAGUUAGAAGAGCAGGUGAAGGAGGAAGCAUAAGCGGGGACGGUAGUUUCAAAGAACAUCCACUUACUAUGUCGCCGUCCUCCCACAUGGAGUUUGUGUUUAACUUUGACCAGAGCGACGCUCGCUGCUACUACAAACUCUGCACCAACAUCACCCCCGACAGCGCUCGUGGCCUACCCCACCCCCUACAUCAUAAUGAGGGAGAAGAUUGGGACGAGGUGGAGGUGAAGGGGGAUCCGGCUAAGGCAGUUGACCUGGAGCCUAUCCCCAUCCUUCAGCCACCGCCUGGCUUUGGUGACAGCAGUUCUGAUGAUGAGUUCUUUGACGCCAGAGAUCGCUUCACCUCACCUGAAGACCCAACCUGCGGAGCCAUGCCAAGAGGUAUAUGCACAGAGAUGAAACUGGACACGCUCAGCCUGAGUGACAUCUCGGUCUCUGUGACAGAUGCAGGCACAGAUGGAAAAGCAGAAGAAGACAGAAAAGGAGGAGACGAGGAAGGAGGAGGCAGAGAAACAUUGUUCCAGCUCAGAAAAAGAUCCCGUAAGCGCCGUUCCUUCAUGGAAACUGAUUAUACCUCUAGGGUGUCAUACCCAGAGCCAAAUCCAGAAUCAAAGCAGGACUUGGUCUCUAGUAGGCUUCAGAAGAACCUUUUGGCAGAAGCCAAUGAUGCGCAGGUGCUGAGUUCAGAUCCUGAACCUUCGGCACAAACCCAGAAUCCCAGUCCUACUGUCUCUUCCCUGACUCACUCUGAAGGUGAACCGGCUCAGCUUGAGUCAAAACCCAUCCUGUCCAAACCCUGCUUGCAUGGACCUGGUUCUCCAUUUGGUUUUGGGUCUCAUGAGCAGACUAGAGACCCAGAAGCCCCAUCCAGGACCAGGACACAAGAAAUGGAGAUGGAACCUGAUGCAAUGGAAUCCAAAUCAGUCACAGAUCUGGUGAAGGCACUGUCUCCUACAAUAACAGUUGUCCGCUGCCGGGUGGAUCCAGACGGGAAGGAGAGUGCUGAUCGGAGGGGUGAUGGAAAGGAAGAAGGGGAGGGACAAAACGAGAUGGGUGAGGGGAAACAGGAGGGAGAGACAGAGGAGACAACGGGUGUGUCUGGGAAUGGGUCGUUCACUCGUCGAAUGUUUUUGUCAGAAAUCACUGAAGAGGAAGGUAAGGGGGAAGAUGAGAAGAAAGAAGGGGUGAGAGAGUCCUCAGCCAGUUCAGAGAGAUCACUUGUGGAUGCUGAAAGGCUGCCAGAGGACAACACACUGCCUACAUGUUUGAUAGAAGUGAAUAAAAAGGGUAGCAAUGGCAUUUUGGGAGCCCAUCUGAUAGGCCUAGAGCAAAACUCAUAUAUAGAGGAACAUAUGCUUGAAGGUGUGUGUGAAAAGUCAAACGCUCCAUCAUACUCACCACCACCCCCUCCACCAUCUACGCCUCUGCCUCUGGUACCAGUUCUUCACAAAUCCCAAAGUGACUGUUCGGUGAGGGAAGAAGGGGGCAGUGAAAACACGGGAACCUCAACCAAAAUGUAUUUAUCUAGUUCUGAUGAGAUACCACUUAGCAAACAAAAUCGCAGUAAAAAAGCACAAUUAUAUUUAGAAGUCACCACCAGCGUUAAUGAAGAUGAAGCUAUAAGUGUUGUUGGUUCUACUGUGACUUCUAGUGAUGAAAUUACCGACAGCACCAAUUCAGACAAUGUUUUUGAUGAUGAUGAGAUGAAUAAUUCCUUAAAUUCUAGUUCGGUUGACAAGAAAGAUGACUGGACUAUAGCCUCAAACUAUAGUAUUAGUGUUAAUUCAGCUACAGCAGGUAAAAGUGACUCUCAAAUAACUCUUAAGUCUCUUCCCAACACUGAAGCUCAUUCAAGAAUAAAUUCAGUUAACUCUGAUUAUACCCGUACUAUAAACUCUAUCACUGCAAAGCUUGGAGCUGCGACAAGUGUAACAUCUCCUACAUUUAAUUCAGAUACUAGAUUGAAAAGUGAGGUUGCAUAUGAAGGUGCUUCAUGUUCAAAUCAAAAUGUAAACAAACCGAGAAUUGAUUUCACCAUGCCAAGUGCUGAAGCCAAAGAUAGUUUAGCUAGUCCUGUCAUAGCGAAAGCUAACACAGCCACCAUCCACAAUCUUUCCAAAGAGCCUCCUUCUCCAACUCACUUCCUCUUCCAGACCUGUGCGCCUAGCAUUAUGGGUCGCCUCUCUGCUUCCACACUUAGGGGGAAGAUUCAAAAGUUGCCCCUUUAUUUAUCACACUCCCAGGAAACCCUAAACCAAGCUGGGGUGGGGAAUCUAGCUCAGAGUCCUGCUAAGGACGACAGUCGAAAUGAAGUCGAGAUUACCAUCAAAGUUACGGACGUUCAUGAUGUCACACAAACGAUAGACUUUGAAAUGGACACAACUGCAGAAUCAGUGGAGUCAGAUGAUUCAGAUACAACGUUUACAGGAUCAGAGGUGGAUGGGAAGUUUUUUGUCGAAACAACCUCCGUGUCAGAGGUGAAGGAAGUAGGCUCUCCAUUGCCUGUCCAGACUGAGCCCAGAUCCCAACACCAAAAUCAACUUUUGUACUCUGGACCUAUCAAAAACACACCAGGACCAAUAACAGAGCCUCCAGCCUCCAUAGCAAACAGCCUCCACAGAGACACUUCAGGCCUAAAGAUGGACACUCCUGGCCCUAUAAAAGAUGCUUCACCUUCUGUCCCCCCUCCAAUAGUGGUGACCACACAGAAUCUAAAUGGGCCAGGACUCCCUUUUCAUAGUCAGUCACAGAAAGUAAGACGGACCAGUAGCGACAGGCCUUUGAUGGAUCUUUGUAGGCCUACAGGGCAGAAUUCAGACUCGCCAAAAACACUCUCUUCAGGCUGCAGGGUGUUUACCAUCUGUGAGGAUCCUUCCCAGACAAAGACCUCAGCCGAGGUGGGGACUACCUCGUCCUUGAAGUCUGAGUUUAGCUGCAGUUCUGUGCUCGCGUCUGGUUGUGAGUCACUUGUGGAAGGGGUGCAGAUGCCGCUGGAUGCUUGUGGUUGCCCAGCAGUCUAUACCAACUGCUUUAGCGGCGGGGACAGCUUUGACGACGAGCUGACAGUCUAUGAGUUCUCCUGCCGCACACAGAACAGCGGUGUGACUCAGACUUCUGGAGCAGGCCUUCCUCUCAUGACCUCUCCACCUGUUCCUUCCUUUCUGUCCCCCUCCUCCACCCACUCUCCCUCCUUCCCACGUUCCAUCCUUUUCUCCUCCUCUACCUCUGAGCUCAGCCCUCUCCUUUCACCACUAUCUGACACCUCUGACCGUUACCUGUCUCAAACGCACAAGGACACCAUCAGUCGGCUAGGCCAGCAGCGCUAUCCAGAACCCCCAACAGGUUUCCAAGUACUCCGUGUAGACGUGGACCAACUGCUUUCCAUUCUGGAAAGUAGCGGUGCUGACAGAUCUGUUUCAGGCCAUGGAGGUCGCCACCCAAGGGACACGUGCCCUGCCCACUUUACAGAGAACAAGCGGAUGCUACAGUUAGAGGCACGGCGGCUGAUGUCAGGCUGCCAGAAGGUGGUGGGGAUCGGACAGAGCCCAGAGGAAAUGCUUCACUCCCUGGCUGACAGUUUCCGGACCCUGGUGGAGUUGGCAGGUAUAUGCCUCUGGUUCUCUGGUUGCGACAGGUGUGACCGAAGGAACGCAGAGGCAGUUGCAGGUCUGGCAGAUGUGGCCCGCUCUUUCCGGGACUUCUGUCUGGCAGCGGAGCGAGCCAGCAGCAAGCGCAGCUGCCAGGACCUGAGCACCAAGCUGUUAGCUAAACAGUGCACUGCGCUCACCGCGUCUGUCUUCUGCCUCACUCAGCUGUUCCGCACCCUCACUGCACUAUGAGUGGACCACAACCUUUUAAGUCUUUGAAAUGACCUUCAAGCAACCUGUGGUUUGGAACCUCAGAUGCAUGAGGUCACCAUGAGACCACAUGUGCUGCAGAUGUGGACAGAGUGUGACCCGGGACAGUCAUGUCUAGGAUGGGAUGUAGAGUGUGAUGUGAGGUUACCUGGGAAACACACUGGUGUCACUGAGCUCCAUGACAGUUCAAAUAACAGCAAAAACUCUCAUCAUAGAGCAAGGUUGAGAUUGUUGAGGUGCAUGUGGUUACUGACUGUAUGCUGUGCACGUAAUGUAGCCCACAAACCAAACAGCCAACAACCAGACUGUAGAGUGGUGCUAGCUGCAAAAGCAGAACCUGCUUGCAUUCCAGUAUUGAGGAACUGAUGUACUUGAAUGUAUCUAUUAUGUUUAUUUAUUAUUUGUAUUUAUUUAAUGUAUGAGUAACUACAGUGAGCAAGCAAGGAAUGUAAAGACAAGGACGGACGAAAUUUGGAAAUGUUUACAAGCAUAGCUUUAGAUAAGAGUAGUGGUAUAUGAGUGUAGUGGGCCUUUCACACACCCUCAAUACAACCUCAAAUACGCAGUGAAUCAGUAUUUUAUUCCAUUAUACACACAUACACAGGCCUUUAGUUUGACUGACUGACCAUGUUAAGAUAAGAAUCACUGCAGUGUACUGAUACUUAUAUCCAAACCUUCUCCAGGCUGUCAGUGAGGACUUCUUUGAAUGUUACUGUUUACAAAACCAAAAACUGGAGUGAGACGUGAUUUGAUCAAAUCAAACCUGAAGCUGUGUUUGCCAUUUUAUAAAUCUAGUAGCAGAAUGCUAAUGUAUGUGCAUAUUGUGACUUUAUGAAACAACAGUUUGGAUGAGGUACAGACCUUUGCACAUUCAAUUUGUUGUCUUGUUGCACAGACAUUUGGUAUGAUUAAUAGGAAUGUAAUACAUUUGAUAGGUUUUCUCUCAUUUAUUUGUUAACACUCUUUCUCCACCUCCAGUUGAAACACUGAACAGUCCAGUGCAUGAUGAUGUGGCUGUCAACCACCAGUCUUUUCCAUACAUCAAUUUGUUUUUGUUUUUUUACCAUUCAGAACUAACGUGUCCAUUGAGAACAACAGUCUUCAUUCUAUAUGAGACUUGUAACUUCCCAAUAGAUAGGUAUGGUAUGUUAUGUAGUCUUAUGAGAAUUUUAAAAAUCUUAAGUUUCAAGCAAUCUGCAAGAUUUCUUAAGAUCAUAAAAACCUGCACAUGUCUCUCUAAGCUUAGGGGACAGUCAGGAAUGACUUAGACUGCCAUGUCCCUUACACUAAGUGCAUUAUUACUCCAGAUUUCCCACAAAUAGCGGUAACCCAGUGACAUGUAUGUAGUAGUAUGUAGCACUUUUGGCUAUCUGUAUGUGCUUCUCCAGCUUUUGAUGGCCAUAUUGCUUGGGAGGGUCUGAGAGAAAAAUCAGUCGAACUGACCCAGUUAUUGGUUGACAGCCUGUCAUUGGAGUUCCUUGAACUCAACACGUUUGUCACAAAAUAAUUUACAACACUGAUUUACGUAAAGUUUAUUAUUGCAGAUAAGUUGGAAUAUUACAGCAUUUUCACUUGGAAUGUUACUGAAAAUAAAAAGGGUUGACGCACACUGGACCUGCAUGUUCACUGGAGAAAUUAACCUUAUGAGAAAUAAUUUUACCACUGCAGUACUGGGAACACAAUUUAUUGCAAACCGUGUUUCUAUAUAUAUUUAUAAUGGCAAUUGAAACACUUUCUUCGUUAACUGGUCCUGUUUUGUUCCCUGUGGUUGCAACAGAAUAUAAUUUCCUGUAUUUUAUUCCCAAUUUGCAUCAGAGAAGAAUUUAAUUAUUUUUUAUCUAGAUCUCCAUGAGAAAAUUUAACAAGUGAUGGAAAACUUUUUUUUAAAUCAUAUGUGCUCACAAAGCAUGCUGUUAUAAGCCAUAAAAUGCAUUAUUGUUUCAUCAGGGAUUUUAUCUGUGAAUGAUUGAAUGAUAAUGUCUGCUCUUGCUUUGUAAUGCUCAACUCCCACCAAUAAAAACCAUGUCAGGACUUUG